AUGAAUCUCCGACGUCUCGUCGUCGCGGCUGUGGCUUUCCUCACCGCCUCGCACGCUUCCGUCAUCGACCACGACCAGGUCGUGCCGUUCGCACAGCCCACACCGACCUCGACGUCUCAAACCGCUGCGGUCAAAUUCAAGCCCCAGCUCCACAUCACGAACGGCUGCCACCCGUACCCUGCUGUCGAUGCGGACGGCAACACCAGCGGUGGUCUCAACCCGACGGGGUCGUCCAGCGCUGGCUGCAAAGGCUCGGGCUACGGCAGCCAGAUCUACGGACGCUCGACGUGGUACAACGGCGUCUGGGCCAUCAUGUACUCCUGGUACUUCCCCAAGGACUCGCCGGCGUCAGGCUUUGGCCACCGCCACGACUGGGAGCACAUCGUGGUCUGGCUGAACAACCCCGCGGUGACCAGCCCGGAGCUCCUCGCGGUCUCCACGUCGGCUCACAGCGGGUACACCACCUACUACCCGCCCAGUUCGAGCUACCUGGACGGCAACAGCGCCAAGAUCGACUACUACAACGUGCUGCUGAUCAACCACGCGUUCCGCAUGACGUCGGACUCGGGCGAGACUCAGGAUCUGAUCAUGUGGGAUCAACUGACCGACGCUGCGCGGACGGCACUCGAGAACACGGACUUUGGUGACGCCAACGUGCCAUUCAAGGAUGCCAACUUUGAGACCAAACUAGCGAACGCAUGGUACAAGUAA